UCGCGCAGGAUGUGAGCCUGCGCAGGACUAGCGGGGCUGCGUCUCGCGCCUGCGCAGAGCGCGGCCGCGGGGGCUUGUGGGAUACUGCGGCCCAGGCAGGCUGCGCUGGAGCGGGCGGCAGCGCGAUGGCUUCGAGCAGCGGCACCGACGUGAUCCAGGUCACCAACGUCUCCCCUAGCGCCAGCUCCGAGCAGAUGCGGACGCUCUUCGGCUUCUUGGGCAAGAUCGAGGAGCUUCGCCUCUUCCCCCCCGAUGAUUCUCCUUUGCCUGUCUCAUCACGUGUCUGUUUUGUAAAGUUCCAUGAUCCUGACUCGGCAGUUGUGGCCCAGCAUCUGACAAACACUGUAUUCGUUGACAGAGCGUUGAUAGUCGUACCAUAUGCAGAAGGAGUUAUUCCUGAUGAGACUAAGGCUUUGUCUCUCUUGGCACCAGCUAAUGCUGUGGCAGGUCUGCUGCCUGGAGGUGGACUCCUGCCUACUCCCAACCCACUUUCUCAGAUUGGUGCUGUUCCUUUAGCUGCUUUGGGAGCUCCUGCUCUUGAUCCUGCCCUAGCUGCACUUGGUCUUCCUGGAGCAAACUUAAACUCUCAGUCUCUUGCAGCAGAUCAGCUACUAAAACUCAUGAGCACAGUGGAUCCAAAGUUGAACCAUGUAGCUGCAGGUCUUGUCUCACCAAGCCUGAAAUCAGAUACCUCCAGUAAAGAAAUAGAGGAAGCUAUGAAAAGAGUACGUGAAGCACAGUCACUCAUUUCUGCUGCUAUAGAGCCAGAUAAAAAAGAUGAAAAACGAAGGCAUUCAAGAUCACGAUCACGAUCGCGGAGGAGGAGAACUCCUUCUUCUUCUAGACACAGACGAUCAAGAAGCCGAUCGAGGAGGAGGUCCCAUUCAAAGUCAAGAAGCAGGCGGCGAUCUAAAAGUCCAAGGCGGAGGAGGUCUCAUUCGAGAGAGAGAAGCAGAAAAUCUAGGAGCACAUCCAAAACCAGGGAUAAAAAGAAGGAAGAGAAAGAAAAGAAACGUUCUAAAACUCCACCAAAAAGUUACAGCACAACAAGACGAUCUAGAAGCACAAGCAGAGAAAGACGGCGCAGAAGAAGCAGGAGUGGAACAAGGUCGCCUAAAAAGCCAAGGUCCCCUAAAAGAAAACCGUCCCGAUCUCCAUCUCCAAGAAGACAUAAAAAGGAAAAGAAGAAGGAUAAAGAAAAAGAGAGAAGCCGAGAUGAGAGAGAACGGUCAACAAGCAAGAAAAAAAAAAGCAAAGACAAAGAGAAGGAUCGAGAAAGAAAGUCUGAGAGUGACAAAGAUGUAAAGCAGGUUACAAGGGAUUAUGAUGAAGAAGAACAAGGAUAUGACAGCGAGAAAGAAAAAAAAGAGGAAAAAAAAGUGGCAGAAUCUGCUUCCCCCAAAAUCAAAGAGUCUCCAGUGGAUAAAGGAAGUGGAGAUGGAACAAGAGAAUCCAAAGUAAAUGGGGAUGAUCAUCAUGAAGAGGACAUGGAUAUGAGUGACUGAAUGUUGCCUUUGCUGUGAAUGCAGCUGCAGACGUGCAUCAGUGUCAUUCCUGUGUGAUUCUUUUAUGCUGUACUACUUGUUUAAUCCUAAAUUUAGAUGUAUACAGCUCUAAACUAUUAAUGGUUGUAAAGCUCCUGAUAUUAAUUUACAUCAAAAGCUUUAUAGAAAGUGGUCCAUGGGUAACCAUUCUUGUAUGGCCAAAUGGGAUUGGGUAGCCAAGUGGUUCUUACUAACUUGGUACUGUUUCAGGCAAAAGUGAAAAGCUGCAUGCAUCUACAGCAGGCAUGGAUUUUUUUAUGUUGUAUGAUCUCCUUUAGUAAAUCAGCUCACUUAUGAUAGUGUUUCUAGAGUUUGAUUAAUUGCAGUAAUAGAGCAGUAUAGGGAAUGCACUGACUGCAUGUUAAUUGUGGCAGAAACAUCCUAAAUGUUCUAAAAAUCCUACGAUAUAUGAUGGAUCUACUAAAGGUCUUAAGUGUGACUACACAAAAAAGAUUGUUACAUCUGGAAAUAAGCAUUCUGAUCUAGGUAGAUGAUCUUUUUUGGCCAUUUGGCUGAACGUUUUUUGUGGGUUUUGUUUGGCUUUGACAAGGUUAAAAUGCACUAACCUUUUUGAUGGCUUUUUUACCCAAACCCAUCGUGGGCAGUGAAGAGUAGCAUACUUCAGUGGUUCCUAACUUUUCCUUCUCUUAAGCUGGGGAAGGUAAAAUUUCCUGAUGUAGGAAUGCAGAAUCUCCACCUGCCUAGUGUCCAGUCAUUAGAGGUUGCUUUGUGCAAUUUUCAUAACCCAGUUUUUUACUUUAGGUUUUACUUGUUCAUGAGCUAAACACAUGCAGAAAGGUAGUGCAUUUUAAAAUUGACCUUUGUAUGCUUUUAAAAGCAAGUCUACUUGAUAAUGUACUUUUUACUUGAUCUCAAGUUGUAUAAACUAAUGAAUUUUGUGUUUACUGUCACUGCAGUAGUAAUCUUAUGCACACAGUGAUUCCAUGUUAUGCAAAGUAGUUAGGCAAGCUGUUUUCUUAGUUACAGAAGUUUUUGGAGCUAUUACUUUUGUGCAGGUAAAAACAAAAGUAGGCUACAGUCUGUGCCAUGUUGAUGUACAGUUUCUGAAAUUGUUUUACAAGACUUUGAUAAUAAAAUCCUGAAACUUAUGCUCAUGUUCCUGUAAAACUGUACUUGUAUUUAUUUACACCACUGAAUGUAUGAAAUUACCUCAUUUAUUGAGUUGACCUUUCCCCCUCGCUCACCUAUUUCAACGGGAUCGUAGUUUAAAGUCAUUCCUUAUAACUAGUGUACAAGCAGUGAAGAAAACUGUUAAACCUAUUUCAAUGCAGCAUGUAUCUUAUUUUAUUUUACCUUAAUUGUGGAUGAAGGGAAUACGCCCAGAUGGGACCCUAGAGUAUCAUAGGAUAAGUACUUAAAAUAUGUAUUUGUAAAAAAAUUGUAUUUUCAUUGAAAUAUAAACAUUUUCAUCUUUUAUCUUCUCCAGAAUGGUAAUGGAAGACUAGCAGAAACAGUAAGGAGAGGAAAGCUUUGAGUAUCUGCUAUACAACUCUAAAAGCUAACGUAUUAAAGAGUUUGAUGUGAUGCAACAACUUGCUGAUUUUAAAUGAGUAGGUUUUCUAAGUGAAACUAAAACCUGGUGCUUGUAAUUUGAGUCUAAGUCUAACCACAAUUGUUUUUAAACUCUCAUUUUCCUGCAGGAAUUUUGAAGUGGGAAUUGCCAUUUAGAUAUGCAGUGUCAUUUUUAGAAUUUGUAGAAAUGUAACUUUUUAAAAACUGUUUUCAGUAUUUUCUCAAUACAGAGAGGUCUAUGUCAUA